AUGGUUACCCUCACACACCAUGAAGUCACAUACGCUGGCGAGAAGAAGAUUCAUUACUUGGCGGCUGGUCCAGUCGAGGGUCCUCUGAUUCUUUUUAUUCAUGGAUGGCCUGCCACUGGCAUCACUUGGAAAGCUCAGCUCGACGUUUUUGCCGCAGUAGGCUUCCGAGCUAUCGCUCCCGAUAUGCCCGGCUAUGGGCAGUCGACCGCUCAGCGUAUCGUUGAUGACUACUGUCAAGAAGCUAUCGUGGAGGGGAUGAUGGCCCUGCUAGCCGACACAGGCCGCAAGGCUGCUAUCUGGGUAGGACAUGACUGGGGUUCUAGUGUGGUUUCCUCGCUCGCGAUUCAGCAUCCGGAAACCGUGAAAGCUAUCGUGAAUAUCUGUGUGCCUUACUCCACCAUCGAGCUUGGUUGGGACGGCUUUCUUCCAUUGGUGAAUCGUGAAGUUUAUCCGGCGGAUCAAUACGAGGUCGCACAGUGGGAUUACAUGAAGCACUACGAGGAAAAUUUUGACAGAGCCAUCGAAUGGUUCGACAGUGACGUUCUUGGAUUCUGCAAAGCAGUCACGACAAGACCAGCUGCGAUAGCAGAUCGCGAUGCCCCGGUUAUGAUGGCUACGGUCCGCAAGAAUGGCUGGUUCAACGGCCUUCCGAAACCACCGAGCGUGGAAAUGACCGGCCCUUCUAUGCUUCCUGAUGAUGUGUACGAAUCCUUCGCCAAAGAUAUGCAGAAGACUGGUCUUUGGCCCGGUUCUGCCUAUUAUUUGCACCACGAGCGGAACGCUAAAUAUAACGGAAGUCGAGAGAGAAAAUUGGAGCAGCCUGCAUUGUUUAUUCAUGCUAGAUGGGAUCUGGUGUGCGAUACAAAGGGCUCGCGGCUCAUCGAACCUAUGAGAGAAGCUUGCUCCAAUUUGACGGAGUUCACCAUUGAUGCUGCGCAUUUUGUGCAAUUUGAAAAGCCAAGAGAGGUCAAUGCUGCCCUUUUUAGGUUCAUAAUAGAGGAACUGCCCAAUGAGUGGCCUGCGUCCUUGGACGGCGAGUAUAGCAAGACCAAGUCCCACUUUCAGAGAUGCCUGUUUGCAUCUACAGAGUGA